GUUUGGAGCAACAUGACUUUGAAAAUUGUACAUUUUACUCUAUUUAAAAAUUCAUAGCUAAGUUCUAACAUAUGAUUUGACAAUGGGGUUUUUUCAAGUGUUUUGUGAUAGUGUGCGAUGAGUAGAUUCAAGAAGUUAUGGAACAAGUGCUGCUGGCGAGUCGGCGAGAUGCACACGGGCAGCGUUGAGGGGCAGUACCGGGGCGCGAACGGCGCGGCGCACGGCCGGGACAAGGUCGCCAUAUUAGACGCCGGCUCACAGUACGGGAAGGUGAUAGACAGGCGCGUGCGCGAGUUAUGCGUGGAGUCUGACAUCUUGCCGCUCGACACUCCGGCUUACAACCUCAAGGAAGCGGGGUACCGCGCCAUCAUCAUAUCCGGCGGACCCAACUCCGUGUACGCUGAGGAUGCGCCAAGAUAUGACUCCGAUAUAUUCAAGAUUGGGCUGCCGGUGUUGGGUAUCUGCUACGGCAUGCAGAUGUUGAACAAGGAGUUCGGUGGUUCGGUGUUGCGGAAAGAGGCGCGCGAGGACGGACAGUACGAGGUCGAGGUGGAGACCACAUGUCCGCUGUUCAACCGCUUGGAGAAAGUCCAGCCGGUGCUGCUGACUCACGGAGACAGCGUCCAGAAAGUCGGUGAGCGGUUCCGCGUCGGCGCGCAGUCCUCCAACCACGUCAUCGCCGCCAUAUAUAACGAGCAGAUGCGACUCUACGGCGUGCAGUUCCACCCCGAGGUCGACCUAACGCCGAAAGGAAAGCAAAUGCUGUCGAAUUUCCUGUUCGACAUCGCCGGUCUUUCGCGAUCUUUCACGCUGCGAUCUCGCCGCGACUCGUGCAUGCAGUACAUACGGGAGACCGUCGGCGACAACAAAGUGCUGGUGUUGGUGAGCGGCGGCGUGGACUCGACGGUAUGCGCCGCGCUGCUGCGGACGGCGCUGCGCGAGGACCAGGUCAUAGCGCUGCACAUCGACAACGGUUUCAUGAGAAAGAACGAGAGUGCCAAGGUUGAGCGGUGUUUGCGCGAGCUCGGUGUGAGGUUACACGUCAUUAAUGCUACACACCAGUUCCGUCAAGGCAGCACGGUGGUCCGCGAGGGAGCGCGCACGCGUCAUACGCCUCUGCUGUGCCACACUACGGCGCCGGAGGACAAGCGGCGCAUUAUCGGCGACGUGUUCGUUCGCGUCGCCGAGCACAUCGUGCGCGACGUGCUGCAGCUGCAGGAGGACCAAGUGCUGCUCGGUCAGGGCACUCUGCGGCCGGACCUCAUCGAGUCGGCGUCUUCCCUGGUGUCCAGCAACGCCGCCACCAUCAAGACCCACCACAACGACACGGAGCUGGUGCGGGCGCUGCGUCAGCGCGGCCGCGUCGUCGAGCCGCUGAAGGACUUUCACAAGGACGAGGUGCGUGCGAUAGGCGCGGAGCUGGGUCUGCCGGCGCCGCUGGUGGAGCGGCAGCCGUUCCCCGGACCCGGGCUCGCCGUGCGCGUCCUGUGUCAAGACGAGCCCCACAUGGACCGCGACUUCGCCGAGACACAGGUGAUCGUGAAGAUAAUGGUGGACUACAGCAGCAUGUGCAUGAAGUCUCACGCGCUGCUGGGGCGCGUGUCGUCGGCGACGACGGCGGCGGAGCAAGCGGAGCUGCGGCUGAUAUCGCGCGAGCCCAUCGCCGCUACGUUGUUGCCGAUACGCUCUGUUGGCGUGCAAGGCGACGGUCGCACGUACAGCUACGCGGUGGCGCUGUCGACGGAGUUCUACCCGCCCAAGUGGAAGGACAUGCAGUACCUCGCGCGCAUCAUACCGCGUGUCUGUCACAACGUUAACAGGGUGUGCUACGCGUUCGGCGGUCUGAUCAAGGAGCAGGUGACGGACAUCACGCCCACCUUCCUCUCGCAGCACGUAAUCUCCACCAUACGGCAGGCGGACGACCUCGCAACGCAGGUGCUAGUGUCCUCGGGCUGCGCGUCGCGCAUCGCUCAGAUGCCGGUGGUCCUCAUACCGGUCCACUUCGACCGGGACGCGGCGACGCGCGCGCCGUCCUGCCAACGCUCGCUCGUGCUCCGCCCCUUCGUGACGCAGGACUUCAUGACGGGGACAGCGGCGCUGCCCGGCUCGGACGUUAUGCCGCAGGACGUGGUCGACAGGAUGCGGAAGGAGUUGCAGAGCGUCCCUGGCAUCUCGCGGGUGCUGUACGACCUCACGCCGAAGCCCCCCGCGACGACGGAGUGGGAAUAAACAUACAAACUCAUUUUAUAAUUUUUUUACUAAGGAUGAUGCACUAUGAGGCAGUGGUCGAGUGAUCUGUAAUCCUGAAUGGCGCAUCGUCGAAAUCGAGCGCCGUUAGUCUGUGCUAACGGCGCUCGAUUUGGACGGUGCGCCAUUCAGGGGCCGUACCACGAAACCGUUGUGAGCUUCAAUCGAAUGAAUCGGAAUGCCGCGUCUUAUUCUAACAAGAAAUGACGUUGUUAGAGUAGGACGCGACAUUCUCAUUCGAUUGUUUGGGUGUUUACACACGCGCGGCAGCGGCACGGUAUCGCCGCCGCCGUGUGUAAACAGCCUUUGAGUCUCAAAAUGCUUUUGCAGUAGACCUUCUGAGCAUGCAUAGGACUGCGUCUAACCCUACGCAGAAUCAAACUACUACUACUCUGCUUUGAAUCUGUCUCACGUCUUUUACUACCAUACACGACCACACACAGUUUUAAGACAGCUGUGUUUUCUAUUUGACCUCUUUGUGUUUGCAUUACGACAAAAAUCAACAAUAAUAUAAUCGGAAAUCUAAUGGUAAGUGAUGCAGGCAAUUUCGUCUCUUGUGUGCGGUUUAAACAUUACUGCAUGUAAUAUUAUACCAAUUUUUCGACAAUAUUAUUAACUACCUGAAUUAUAAGAGAAGUUGAUUCAUUGGCAGAUAGAUGGCUGAUCUACAGGUAGCAUUAUAUCAGACUCUAUUGAAUUGACAUAAUCUGACCAAAUAACAUAGGUCCGUCAACUGCC